AUGGCCGACUUGAGUGGUUUGAUUUUCCUCUUGCUUGAUAUGUUUCUUGAGGUUUCAGCAUCUUAUAGUGUGAGUGGUCUUUACCGAGGGGUCUGGUACCAGCCGAUAGAGCACCACGCCCUACUAGGCCAGUCCUUCAUGAAUAUCUCAGGCAUCUCUGCCGUCAGAUGUUCAGUUCGGUGUCUCAGCCAUCAUGGAUGUUUCUCUUUCAACUAUGAUCACAUCGAUCAAGUCUGUCAGAUGAACAACGCCAGUGCUGAGCACGUCUGUGACAACUUUCAAGGAAUGCCGUAUUUUUCGUAUUACGACGCAACUGCAAAACCAAUGCCUUGCCAGAAUAAUUCUGUUUCUUGCAAUGGAAAGUGCGCUCCGAUGAAGUGCUGUAUUUGUUUCGAGAAACUCGGCCUUGAAGAUGGUUCGAUCCCCGAUGAGAGCCUCUCCGCUUCAAGCAACUGGGAAGUCGUAGAUAUGAGUAUACCGGCUGGUGGCCGUCUCAACAAAGUAUCACCAUUUGGUAUCAUAGGAGCGUGGUGUCCUGUGGUAAAGGAUACCAACCAGUGGAUACAGGUGGAUUUAGGCGACCCGACCAACGUCAUUGGGGUACUCACACAGGGGCGUCAAGAUUUUCCACAGUGGGUGACAAAGUACACAGUGCAGUUCAAACCGCCCUCACCGUCAGACCUUGUUGACGUGAAAGACAAACAUGGUGAAACUCAGAUAUUCAACGGCAACACCGAUCAUAACAGCAUUGUGGAGAGGCGCUUCUUCAAGCCCGUCUUGGCGGUCAAGAUUCGCAUCGCACCCGUUGAGUGGUAUGUUUUCAACUGCCUGCGUUUUGAGCUGCUUGUUGGCUGUAAAUAA